AUGGAGGUAGACUGGAACCUGUGUGUUAUAUGCCAGAGAAAAACCUCAGAAGCUUUAAAAUGUCCUUUGGAAAACCCGGUAAAGAAAGGAAAUAAAAAAGACGCAUAUACGAAUUUUCUCAAUCACGUAAAGCAGUUUCAAGAUAGUGAUUCUCUACCAGUGAUAGUCAAAUUUGGAUGUGAUGAGACUGCAGAAAACUGGGAAUUUCAUCGUGCGUCGUGGCAUAAGUCUUGCAAUACGAAAUUUAGCAGCUGCAAACUUGAAAGAGCAAAACUGAAAAGAAAACACAGCAGUGAUUCGACAGAAACAAGCUCUCGCGGUAAGCGACAAUGGUUGAAUAGUGAGGUGUGUUUUUUGUGUGAGAAGGGAGCUCGAGAAGAUGAUGGAGAUCUCCGCCAGGUGUCUACAUUUGAGACAGACGCAAAUAUAAGAACAAUAAUAACAGAGCUUAAUGAUUCACGACUACUUGUGAGAAUAGUUGGAGGAGAUCUUAUUGCGAUCAGUGCAAAGUAUCAUCUGAAAUGCUUGAUUGAAUUGAAAAACAGAUAUCGCAGUCACGUCAGAAAAUCAAACAAGGAUAAGCAAAAUAUUGAUGAAAACGUGUGUAACUCCCGCGUGUUCGUCGAGCUUGCAAGUUAAGAAAAAGAAGUCAAUUCUGGAAAACUCCUGUUUAAAUUGUCGGAGCUGCACUCUUUAUAUGAAAGUCGCCUGGAGGAUCUAGGUAAUGCGAAAUCAGUAAACAAGACCAGGCUAAAGGAGCGCCUUGUUAGAAUACUUCAAGGAAGCUCAAGAACAGUUCGACGGCAGGAACACUUUCUUAGUUUUCAAAGAAGGAAUUCGUAACAUGAUUCAAAACGCCUUAAAGAAAAGAGACUUCUCAGAAGACGCACUAAUUUUGGCCAGGGCUGCUUCUAUAAUAAGGAAAGACAUUUUUAAUCAUGAAGGCAUUCUCUUCAACGGAUCUUUUCCGGAAAAAUGUCAAGACACGUCACUGCCAUCAAGUCUCAAGACCCUCAUUUCCUUAAUUCUCAAUGGACCCAACCUGAAAAACCAAGAGAAACAAGAGUCCCAAGCAUGCCUCACUAUAGGCCAGGCCAUAGUCUUUAACGCUAAGAAACGAUCAACUGCUGAUCCAGAGGCAAAACCAAGACAUUCGCUAGAGCACGAGCCACCACUCCCUGUUUACAUUGGCUUGAACAUACAUGGCCUGACCAGAAGUAAGCAUCUUAUCAAUCAGUUACACCAGCUGGGAAUCUGCAUUUCCUACGAAAGGGUUUUACAGCUUGAAGAUUGGAUUGCCAAAGCAAUGUGCAUACGUUUUGACGAGGACGGAGUUAUAUCCCCUGUCUGCCUGUACAGAGGCCUGUUUACCGUUGGUGCUUUGGACAACCUGGACCAUAAUCCCAGUUCAACUACAUCACAAAGCUCUUUCCAUGGUACUGGUAUUAGUAUGUUCCAAUUUCCAUCCCCAAACAAGCCGGGUGAAUGUAGACUGCCUUUAACGGUUCCUCCCUCCGUGAGUGGAAAGCAUGUUCAGCUACCUGAAAUCUAUACUACUGUCCCGGCUGUAGCUAUAGCAAAGUCUAACACUGUUGUUCCAGAGGUAAAGGUGGAGCAAACAAAGGUCUGCCUGGAAAAAGCCCUAGAAGCGGAAAAUGAAUGGGAGCAGAUCUCCAGCAGCAGAUCUCAUCUCUCUUUUGAAAAAAGAAAUAGAGAAAGGAGACGCUAUUGCAUGGGCAGCUUAUCACGUCUCUCAAAAAACGCCUACACAUGGGCUUCCAGCCUUGUGUGCAAUGCUACCUCUCUUCUAUGA